GUCUUUAGGCUGGGUUCACGGCAUAAACUAUUGUCUGCGAGUGGCUUAGGAGGCAGAUUCAGAGCGCGCACUGCACGGGUUUAUGGAGACAAAGGAGGGAAGAAGCAUGUCCCGUCUGUCUCUAACACGAUCCCCAGUUUCUCCUCUGGCUGCCCAAGGAAUUCCUCUCCCAGCCCAGCUCACCAAGUCGAAUGCCCCCGUGCACAUCGACGUAGGAGGACACAUGUACACCAGCAGCCUGGCCACCUUGACAAAGUAUCCCGAUUCCAGAAUAAGUCGUCUGUUUAAUGGCACAGAGCCUAUUGUCUUGGACAGUUUAAAACAACAUUAUUUCAUUGAUCGAGAUGGUGAAAUUUUCAGAUAUAUAUUAAGCUUCCUAAGGACAUCUAAACUACUGCUCCCCGAUGACUUUAAGGACUUUAAUCGUUUAUAUGAAGAAGCAAAGUAUUACCAGCUGCAGCCAAUGAUUAAGGAACUUGAGCGAUGGAAACAAGAGAAAGAACAAAGGAAACAUUUCCAGCCUUGUGACUGCUUGGUCGUAAGAGUGACUCCAGAUCUGGGGGAAAGAAUUGCAUUGAGCGGGGAGAAAGCUUUAAUAGAGGAGAUCUUCCCUGAGACCGGGGAUGUCAUGUGCAACUCUGUAAACGCAGGUUGGAACCAAGACCCUACCCAUGUUAUUAGGUUUCCUUUGAAUGGAUACUGCCGGUUGAAUUCAGUGCAGGUGCUUGAAAGAUUAUUUCAGAAGGGAUUUAACGUGGCAGCUUCAUGUGGUGGUGGGGUGGAUUCCUCUCAGUUCAGCGAAUACGUGCUGUGUCGCGAGGACAGACGACCACAACCUACUCCAACGAUCAGAAUAAAACAGGAGCCCCUGGACUAGAACCCGCCCUUGCUCCUUUGUAACCGUAGAAGUGUUUAAUGGUCCCUUAUGUGAAACACUAAGGAUUUGCAAAACAGUAUUAGCAAACAGAUUUUGACUUUAUGUUGCCAGUUAGUGGUAUUCUGAAACUACCUGUCACAUAGCCAGCCAUGAAAUGCAUUCGAAAAACCAGUUGUCCGUUUUUCACGAUGAAAUCACUGAGCAUGCUCAGCGCACCAGGCUUUUGGGAACAUACUUGCAGCUCAACAGCUGUGGUGGUGGCAAAGGCAAAGCUUCAAUGAGAUCCUGACCCGAGCCAGGAUUUCUGCAGAAAGACCAAUUAAAGCAAUUUGAAUUUGGCAGGAAGAGAACCGAUUCUGACAGCCUUUCCAGCGACAGCCCGCCCCCACAACCGCUGCUGACCACAGGGAAGCGGGGGCCACCCAAAGGAAGAGGAGACGCUAAAAACUGCACCGAGUAUCUUCCCUGCCUGCACACCUUUCAUGUCAAAUGUGCUUUACACCUCCAUACGUUGCAUUACACUUCUGUGAUUGUACUCAUUCAUGCUAGCAAAUGGCUUAUUUUUAUACAGCAUUUCCAACUGAAAUAUUCUCUGUGGACAGAAUCCAGAAUCAGAAAAGGACCGAUUUAUAGUCAACUGGUGCUCAGUACUUUAAAAAACAAACAAACAAAAAAAGCAACAAAAAUUUGACAAGGCCAGUUACGGCCAGUACUUGCAAAAGUAGGGAUCUGGAAGCACAAAAUAAAACUCCAUCUACCGUCAUCCAAGGGCCACAUACCUAACACGGAGCCGUAGUUCUCUUAAAGCCAGUCUCGUUUUGACUCAGAAGUUGUAAGUUCUGCAUCAUCUAAGCAGCGUGGUUCUGCCAAGCAAGCUCUGUUACCCCUUGUUGUUCACUUGCUAACCAUGUUAUAAGCCCACGUUUAGGAGGAGAUGUUAAGGAUUUUGGACAACGCUACUCUUUAUGGGUCUGGAAAUUUAUAGAAAGCUGUUAAAACCGCCUCCCUUCCAUUGUCUGAUGAAAGCAGGCCACGUUUUUGUUUGGAUUGUUUUUCCUCUGUUAUUUUAAACUAGUAUUAAAAUACUGAUUCUGUAGCUGCCCUCUACCUGUGUAAUUUUCUCUUUAAAGAAGCCUAAUGUCUGCAGGAGGUUACUGUUCCUUUCAUGAAUCAGUAUUGACUCUUCUGACUUGCAGGGCUUCCUAACUCAGGAGACAGCACCACGUUUGCAGGUGCAAGGUUAUAAAUAGCAUUCUGCUAAAUCCUGUUUAUUGCUGUUUAGCAUGAUUGGGUCCUCGAUAACUAAUUCAUAGUGUUAAUCACAGUUUAGUUUCUCCCACAUUAAUUUAUAGAAUACCAUUGUAGAUGCUGAAUUUUAACUAAACUCUUCUUAGAUGCUUAAAUAUGGCCAUAGAGAACAAGGGACCGAGUAUUAAAUGGUCAGCAAUUCUUAAAUACCAAAUCAUUACAAUCAGGCAAAAAUAAAAAUUCAAGUUUAAGAUUAGUACUGUCAAAAGUGAUGAGCUGUCCUGACUAUCCAACGUACAGUCUACGCAGAGGUCUAAUUUUUGGAAAAGCGCUGGAUACCUGCCAUGGAAAGUCAGACCUCCACAGGUCUGCUCAUCUUGGAUACCCAAAUUACAAAUCGCUCAUGAAAAUUUUAGCCUCUUGGCCUGCUAAUUUAGCAGAACAGUUGAGCAAAUCUGUCUACUUCAAAAGAGUUGUAAAGUUAUUUUAUUUUGUGGUUUUAUACUUGUAUGACACUCUAAAGUUGCUAGGGAUGGCCAUAUUUGAAUAUAUGGCACAGCAUUCACCUUUGUAUGUAAGAUAUCUGUAGAAUUGUAUAUUAUACAUUUAAUAUUGUAAAGAACUUAACGUAUAAUUGUCAUGUAUUUGUGUAUGCACAUUUCUUAUACAGUACUUCAUGCCAUAAACAUUUCUGUAAAGUAAAGGAUCAAAAAUAAGCAAGUAGGGUGGAACACUCACUGCGUCUUCCCUGGCGUUUGAGAGAGGCAAGAAGUUGUGGCUGCGUCUCCUCUGGCCUUCUGCUCCAGUCAGCUCGAUGUAGCCACGUCUUA